GCCUGUUAUUAAUGCUUAACAAAAUUAUAGUUAAACUCGUCAAAAAAAAAAAAAACUAAACAAAACUUAGAUUACAAACUGAGUUUAUUAAAAGCAAGACUGUUACGUCUGUAAACUCAUAUCCCCUAACUCUAAAGAAUUAAAAACAAAACCAUCUCCAACAAAUAAAUCCAAAAAUAAACAAAUGGUAAUAAAACAUAACAAGAACCAAACAAAGAAACAAAAAAUCAACAAAAAGUCAGCCUCGCAUUUAAUAUAUGCAAUUUUGUAAUCAGUAAAUUCAUACUAAUCAUAUAUUUUUCUCUAUAAUUACCUUUAGCUAUCAAAUAGUGUAAAAAAAAAAAAAAUUAAUGGCUCCGUCCUUUCUAAGCGUUGCAAAGUUCGUCGAGGUAAUAAUCCGCCGGAGAUUCUCCUCCGCUGGUCUCUCCCUCCAAACCUUACCCAUCGACUCCGAAACCACCAUACAGUUCUGGGGCCCACCACCAUCUCUUUCACCUGAAAACAUAGAGAAACCGUCCCUCCUCCUCCUCCACGGUUUUGGCCCUUCCGCUUUAUGGCAAUGGAACCGACAGGUAAAGCCACUCUCUCUCGCUUUCCGUCUCUACAUCCCAGACCUCGUCUUCUUCGGCGGCUCCACGACGACCUCAUCUUGCUCCAACGAGAACCGGUCGGAGAUGUUUCAGGCUUCUUGCAUGGGGAAGCUGAUGGAGAAGCUCGGUGUGGAGAGGUUUAGUGUUGUCGGGACGAGCUACGGUGGGUUUGUGGGUUAUAACAUGGCGAAAAUGUUUCCGGAGAAAGUGGAGAAAGUGAUUCUUGCUAGCUCCGGCGUUAAUAUGCGGAGGAGUGACAACGAGGCCUUUAUAGCGAGGGCCAAGUGUCACCGUAUAACGGAGGUGAUGCUUCCUUCCUCGGGGAAUGAUCUCAGGAGAUUCUCUGGGAUGGUUUCUUCUAGGAAACUCGAUUUUGUCCCAGAUUUUGUCUUGAAUGACUUUUGCCAGAAAAUGUAUUCGGAGAAGAGAAAAGAAAAGGCUGAACUUCUGGAGGGGCUCACUAUUGGGAGGGACGACAAAACUAACGUUACUCCCCUUCAACAGGAUGUAAUGCUGAUAUGGGGUGAGCAUGACCAGGUUUUUCCUUUGAAAAUGGCUCAUGACCUCAAAGAGAUGUUAGGGAAGAAGGCGAAGCUGAAAGUGAUACAAAAGACAUCACACAUACCCCAAACGGAAAAGAAUUCAAUGGCACUAUCAUGUCUUUCUUGUUAUCUCCCUCUCCUUCAAUCUAAUUGUAACAUCCAUAUCAAAAAAAAAACUUGCGUACUGAUUCCUCAUCUCGCCUACGUUAGAAAUGUUACAUUAAAAAAUUUCUUUUACUAA